ACGUAAAAAACAUUCAUGUUCCUAUCCUUCCUCAUACUUUCCCUUUUAAAUUUCAAAACUACUCCGAUACACUAUUCCCAUUACCCAAUCCUUCUACAUUUUGACGGCGCAACUUCCUCCAUAUCUCCAUUCCCUCUAUAAGGCUAUAAAUACAAAUCUCAUCUUCUUUAUUCCUCACAAACACACCAAAUCCGUUACAAUUCAUAGCAAAUCAACCUCUAUAAUGUCGUAUCAAAAACAACCCGAAUUAAACGGGGCAUACUAUGGCCCAUCAAUUCCGGCCCAACCUCGCUCAUACAACCGACCUGGACGGCGUGGUGGUGGCGGCUGCGGCUGUUGUCUUUUUGAUUGUCUAUGUAACUGUAUAAUGAGCUGCAUCUGCACCAUUCUCUGCACAAUCUUGGUUAUUGUGGGUUUAGCUGUAUUAAUCUUUUGGCUAAUUGUUCGUCCUCACGAAAUCAAAUUCUACGCAUCAGAUGCUUCUCUUACAACAUUCAAUUUCACACAGAAUGAUAAUCUUAACUACAAUCUUGCUGUGAAUUUCACAAUCAGAAACCCUAAUAGACACAUUGGGGUUUAUUAUGACAAAAUUGAGGCGAACGCGAUUUACGAAACGCAAAGAUUUAGUACCGUUGAAGCGCCGGUUUUCUACCAAGGCAAGAAGAAUACUACUGAUUUUGGACCUGUUGUGUUUAAAGGUAAUCAUCUUGUAAAUCUUGGAAGUGAAGAUAAGGCUGAUUAUAAGAAACAAAGUGAUGAUGGAGUUUAUGAGAUUCAAAUCAAGAUUUAUUUGAGAGUUCGCUUUAAGCUUGGACUGUAUAAAACUGGUACUUGGAAGCCUAAGAUUAAGUGUGAUUUGAAGGUUCCAUUGGAAGGGAAAUCAUCAUCUUCUUCUCAUGUUUUUGAGAAGACUAAAUGUCAUUAUGACAUUUGAUUUUGAUUAAUUUUUCUUUUUUUUGGAUAUAUUGUGCUAUUGGAUCUUGAUUAUGAGGAUUAUUGUUUGAUUUCUUUGUUUUAUUAGUAAUUUUAGGGAUGAUGAUUAUGAUUUUUAUAUGAAUAAAGAAUUUUAUUGGAUUGGGAUUUGA